GCUUCCGAGUACGGCGGCCGGCGAGGCUUAGGUCACGGUUAGCUUCCUGCAGGCCGCAGCCAUGGAUCCCGGGCGGCCGCCGGUGAUCGAGGGCUUCGAGCCCAGCGCCGCGCACCGCGUGGAGGGGUUCUCCGAAAAGUUCAUGCGCAAGACGCGCGAGAACCCGCUCGUGCCCACUGGCUGCCUGGCCACCGCGGCGGUUCUGACCUAUGGCCUCAUCUGCUUCAAGAAGGGCAACAGGCAGCGGUCGCAGCUGAUGAUGCGGGCCCGGAUCCUGGCGCAGGGCUUCACCAUCGCUGCCCUCAUGGUGGGGGUGGUGGCCACAGCUCUGAAAUCCCAGAAAGGAGACCAAGCCGUGGGUACUGGGACCGCCCCAGCUGCAGCCAAUACACCUCCAUGAUUCAACCCC